AUGUCGAUCAAACCCCAGCACAACAUCCUCAUCGUAACUGGGCCUGCGGGUUGCGGCAAAAGCACCGUCGCCAAAUACCUUGCCGAGCGGUACGGGUUCCACUACAUUGAGGGAGAUGAUUUCCACCCGCCUGCGAACAUUGAGAAGAUGUCCAAGGACAUUCCCUUGACCGACGCCGAUCGUUGGGACUGGCUCAUCACUCUUCGCGAUCAGGCUCUGAAUCAGUUGAGAUCAGGGGACCACGGAGUUGUCAUCACUUGCAGCGCCCUGAAGAAGAAAUACCGAGACGUCAUCCGCACGGCGCGGUUGUACGAUGAGGACCCCAACGCCAACGUGCGCUUCGUAUACUUGAAGGCGAGCAAGGAGGUGUUGUUGCAGCGUGUUGGAGGACGCCAAGGGCAUUACAUGAAAGACACUAUGGUGCUGAGCCAGCUUGCGGCACUUGAGGAGCCAGGCGAGGACGAAACCAGGAAACUCCACGACGUCGAUAUCAUCGACGUAUCCGGGUCACCCGAGGAGGUCGAGAAUCUCGUGACCGCUGCCGUUGAUAAGGCACUCGUUAUUAGCUCAUGA